CUGCAAACUGUUACAAUUAGCUAUUAAUUGCAUUGUUAAUUUAAAUCGGCAUGUCCCAUAAAUCGCAGAAAUUUGGAAAGCUGCAGCAACAGUUUCUUUGUUGCUACCCCCUCAAUAAAAUCGAUUGGGCGAGCUUGGAACUACCCGUUGAUCUUGAAACCCAAGAAGAGCUCAUGUUGGCGACUUUUGCGCAUCCUUUAAAUCGACGUUGGCCCGUGCGGCGCAAGUACAAAGAGGCGUUCAUUAAACGUCUGCUGGAGCUGCUUAAAGACGAGGAAGAGGUGCACGAUGGCAUAUACAAUAGUCUCUGUGGCCAAUUGGUGUGCGAAGCUGCCGUGCCACAACUGUAUGAUUAUAAGCAUUACGUGCUGUCGCAUCCCUACGAGACGACUAUAACGCUUCGCGAGUCUAGCAGCUUUGUCAGCGAAGGCACCACCGGCCUGUGCACUUGGGAGGCUGCUUUGGCGCUGUCCGACUAUUUGCUACAAAAUAAAAAUGUAGCUGAGCAUAAAAACAUAAUCGAAUUGGGUGCGGGUGCUGGUCUAUGUGGCAUUGUGCUCAAGAAGUGUCUGCUGCACGUUCAAGAGGUACUCUUAACGGACGGCAGCGAGCCAUGUGUGCAGCUUAUGCGCGAAAAUAUAGCUUUGAAUUUUCACAACGCUGUGGAUCAACAGCCGCCACAAGUUGCUUUGCUGCGCUGGGAUGAGGUCGAAAGCUUUCCGUGGGCGAAAUAUGCUGCACCCGAUCUAUUACUGGCUGCCGAUGUCAUAUACGAUGAUUCUCAGUUCGAAGCUCUGCUGUCAGCCAUGGAUUACAUCUUUGAAAUGCGCGAUAAUCGUAUUGAAAUGCUGUUGGCUAGCACCGUACGCAAUACGGCAACGAUGGCGAAGUUCCUAGAUAAGUUAGAUACGAGAAACUAUAAAAUUACUCCAUGCGCCAGUACGCAGCAAGAGGACAGUCUUUUCUGUCGCGACUAUACGACAGAAGUAAAGAUUGUGUGCAUCACGCGUUAGCUUCGAAAGCUGAAUACAGAAC